CUCCCCUUCCCCGCCCUCUUUUUUUCCCAGUCAGCCAACCAGAGGGCGCGUUUCUUCCCCGUGACCAGCCAGCGGCGAGAAGGAGGUGCCAGUCGUCCAAACGCCGGCUAGGAGGAAGGAGCACUUUGCUGUAGCUGCCGCCAUGUGUGACUUCUCCGAAGACCAGACCGCAGAGUUCAAGGAGGCUUUCCAGCUCUUUGACAGAACAGGUGAUGGCAAGAUCCUUUAUAGCCAGUGUGGAGAUGUGAUGAGAGCCCUGGGCCAGAACCCCACUAAUGCUGAAGUCAUGAAGGUUCUUGGGAACCCCAAGAGUGACGAAAUGAAUAUGAAAACACUGAGCUUUGAACAGUUCCUGCCCAUGAUGCAAACUAUUGCCAAGAACAAGGACCAGGGAUGUUUUGAGGACUAUGUGGAGGGACUCAGGGUCUUCGACAAAGAGGGGAACGGCACAGUGAUGGGAGCAGAAAUACGUCACGUUCUGGUCACCUUAGGGGAGAAAAUGACAGAGGAGGAAGUAGAGAUGCUUGUGGCUGGCCAUGAAGACAGCAAUGGUUGCAUUAACUAUGAAGCAUUUGUGAGACACAUCUUAUCAGGGUGAAUUCGAAUGGGAGUUGGUGCGGAUGGUUCUGAGCGGCUGAUGAUCACCUCUAGCUUCUCCUCUAAAAACCACCUCCCAUUUAUCCUUAAAAUGUCUGUGCCUUCUUAUCUGUGUAUGAAACAAGUUUGGUCCCCUAUUCUCUGACCUCUUGGUUUAGUCCAGGGAGGGGAGGUGAGAGAAUUACACAAUAUCUACAGAAGGGUGCUCCUGAAUAGAAGUGCAGCAAAGUAAAUCUCCAGCUGACUUGUCUUGCAUCACUUUAGUUCCAGAACCGUUUGGCUCUUUCUCCCUGUCAAUUGCUUUAAUAAACUGUUCCAAAAAUU